AUGAGGCUGCUUGAAAAACAUUCCCAAGUGUCGCUGCUUGCCGGCGCAUUGCUGUUACUAUGGGUUCUUUACCAAGCAUACCUCUUCAUCUCAUUCCGUCAAAAAUACAGUUUCCCCAAUCUCGUGCCUGGGGGGCUGCCCUUUUUUGGAAAUAUGUUCCAAAUCCCAACUGAUACAGCGGAGCGGCGCAUCUACUUUCAUGGCCUGGCCAAAAAAUACGGUGAAAUAUUUACACUCAAAGUCGGUUCUAACUACUUAAUGUUCAUCAACUCUCAGCGCGUUGCGAAUGAAAUACUGGAUAAGCGCGGCGCUCGGUAUAUUUCGCGACAGAAUCUACCUAUGCCAGGCGAUGUUGCCUCUGGCGGCAAACGCGUCGUCUUCAUGCCCUACGGUAAUCUCUGGAAGUGGGAGCGCAAGCUCAUCCACGAAAUCAUCGGCCCCGGAAACCGCAAUGUCUUUGCCCCUCUGCAGGACAUGGAGUCACGAACAUUGCUCUAUGACUACCUCAUGCAGCCGGACUUGUGGCACCAGGCUCACGCUCGAUAUGCUAGCUCCCUCAUCAUGAGCAUGGUAUAUGGAAGGAGGACAAAGUUGGGAGACCCCAACGUUGACAGAAUCAUUGACACAAACAACGAGAUCAUGAAGAUGUUUGAACCCGGGUCGAGCCUGAUCGACGCGUUUCCAUUCCUGGCUUAUAUACCCCUCCCGCGCUCUAUCCAGCCAUGGAGAUGGUGGGGAGAUAGCGUCUUUGAAGCAUCCAAGAGGAACUUCAUCGAAGAGUAUGAAGGCCUCGCGGAGCGAGAAGCACAAGGCAAAAAUGUGACGUGUUUCAUGUCUGAAUUCAAGAGGCUUGGACGAGACAAGGCUCUUGAUUAUGAGUCGACUGUGUUCUUGGCUGGUUCCCUCAUUGAAGCUGGAUCUGACACCACACGUGUGGCUCUGAACCAGCUGAUGGCCGGGGCAGCCCUGUUUCCCGACUGGAUUCAGCGAGCACGCAAGGACUUGGAUGAAAUUUGUGGUGCUAAUGCUGAGAGACUUCCGAAUGCUAGCGAUAUCACGAACCUGCCUUACGUAAAAGCAAUCAGCAAGGAAGUUCUGCGAUGGAAUAUAUCACUCCCUGAGAUCCCGCACUCCUUGAUCGAGGACGACUCCUUCGAAGGAUUUAACAUUCCCGCGGGAACCAGCGUCAUGUGGAACAGCUGGGGCCUGCAUAUGAGUUCUUCCGAGUAUGAGCAGCCUGAGCGGUUCUGGCCCGAGAGAUUCAUGAACGAUGACGUGGACAAGCCGAUCAAGGGACACUUGGCAUUUGGAACAGGUCGGCGGGUAUGCCCCGGUUGGACCAUUGCCAGCAACAGUCUCCACUUGUUGAUCGCGCGGGUCGUCUACUGUUUCGACUUUCAUCAAGUUUCGGGACAUCCCAUCCCAGUUGGAAAGCCGUUUGAUAUUGGAACAGAGAAGCCAUACGAAGUGAAAAUUACGGUCAGAAGUCCGGCUCACGCGGCGUUGGUUAAGAGGGAGUGUGAAGAAUCGGCGAAUAUUGAGUGA